UUACAGUGUGAAGAGGCAGAAUUAAGGGACUACCAACUCAAUGUACAAGUACGAGAGGUCUUUGCCAGCUGCUUUAUACAGAUGUUUGCGGAUUAUGAAGCAUUUGUGAUUCAGACCGCCCAGGACAUGGAGGCCUGGCUGACCAACCGGGAGCAGAUGCAGAACUUUGACAAAGCAUCCUUCCUCUCUGACCAGCCUGAGCCUUACCUGCCAUUUCUUUCACGCUUCAUUGAAACACAGAUGUUCGCCACCUUUAUUGAUAAUAAAAUCAUGUCUCAGUGGGAAGAGAAGGACCCUCUACUUCGGGUCUUUGACUCUCAGAUUGAGAAGAUAAGGUUGUAUAACGUAAGGGCACCCACACCCACCCUGCGGACUUCUAUCUAUCAGAAGUGCAGCAGUUUAAAAGAAGCAGCCCAGUCAAUUGAGCAAAGACUGAUGAAAAUGGAUCACACUGCAAUUCACCCACAUCUACUUGGCAUGAAAAUCGGCCAAGGCAAAUAUGAGCAAGGGUUCUUCCCAAAGCUGCAGUCCGACGUCUUGGCGGCAGGACCAGCCAAUAACAAUCGCUGGGUGAGCCGAAAUGCCACAGCACAGCGCCGGAAAGAACGCCUGCGCCAGCAUUCUGAGCACAUUGGACUAGACAAUGACCUACGGGAGAAAUAUAUGCAAGAGGCGUGAAGCCUAGGAAAGAACAUGAGGCAACCGAAGUUGUCAGAUCUCUCACCUGCUGUGAUCGCACAAACCAACUGGAAAUUCGUAGAAGGCUUAUUAAAAGAAUGCAGAAUGAAGACAAAACGCAUGUUGGUAGAGAAGAUGGGACAUGAAGCAGUGGAGCUGGGCCAUGGAGAAGCGAACAUCACUGGCUUGGAAGAAAAUACCUUGAUCGCCAGCCUCUGUGACCUACUGGAGAGGCUAUGGAGCCAUGGCUUACAGGUCAAGCAGGGGAAAUCUGCCUUGUGGUCACAUUUAAUUCAUUUCCAGGACAGAGAAGAGAAACAAGAGCACCUUACAGAUUCACCAGUUGCCCUUGGACCAGAAAGAAGAAAAUCUGACUCAGGAGUUAUGUUACCAACACUCAGGGUCUCUCUAAUUCAAGACAUGAGGCAUGUUCAAAACAUGAGUGAGAUCAAGACUGAUGUUGGCCGAGAGAUACAGAGCAUGCAUCAAUGGAUAAAACAGGACUGUCAUAUCCUGCCAAGACAGGGUAAGAUA